AAUGGCGACGGUGUCACGGUGAGAUGAUAAACAUUUGCUUUAAAAAGAAAAUAUGCACUAAUAAAGCUCGAUUAAUAAUGGUAUAAACUCAAAUUUCCGUAUUUGUUUAAGUCCCAACGGGACAUUUUGUGAUCGCAAUCCAUGGGAAUAAAUUAAAUACACACACACAACAUAUAACUGUGAAUGUAACUACACAUCCAACAACUGAAACGACUCUGAAACACUAUUGAAAACAUGUUGAUCAAAGAGGAGAAUGAAGACUUUGGUUUUCCGGAACCACGUGAAAUGAAAGCUGAAGAUACAGAUGAACAAAUAGAUACCGUCAAAGUUAAAGAGGAAGAACUUAAUGAAGAGGAGCAACAACAGCAUCAGAAAUCUCAAGUUAUCACCAACGAAAAACCACCAUUUAGUUCCCCACAGACUGACAAUGAACUGUUGAUAGAAUUAUUAGGAGCCAAUAAUUUUUUAACCUGCACUGAGUGUGGAAAAUGUUUUAUACAUAAAGCAAAACUUCAAGUGCACAUGAGACUUCACACUGGAGAGAAGCCUUAUAUAUGCAAAGAUUGUGGUAAAAGUUUCCAUUGUAAAACAUACCUAAGAAAGCACAUGAAAAAUCAUGCUGCAGUGAAACCUUUCACCUGCCCUCAGUGUGGAAAAGGUUUCACAGAGAGAAGAUACGUUGAAAAUCACAUGACCAUUCACACCGGGGAGAAGCCUUUCUCAUGCACCCAGUGUGAGAAGAGUUUCACACGUAAAGCAACCCUGAAGAUGCACAUGAGAGUUCACACUGGAGAGAAGCCUUUCAAAUGCCAUCAGUGUAACGAGAGUUUCGCACGGAGAUGUUCUUUAAAUGUGCACAUGAUGAUUCACACUGGAGAAAAGCCUUUGACUUGUGAACAGUGCGGGAGGAGAUUUACACGUAAAACUAACUUGAAUAUGCACAUGAUGAUUCACACUGGAAAGAAGCCCUUCACGUGCCAUAUGUGUGGCAAGAGCUUUAUUCGUAAAGAAAGACUCAAUUCACACAUGAGGAUUCAUACGAGAGAGAAACCUUUUACAUGCAAUCAGUGUGGAAAGAACUUCUCGUGUGCAAAACUAUACAAAAGUCAUCGCUGCUCUCCCUGUAGUAUAAAUUCACUUACGUGUGAUCCGUGUAGCAGAAGUUUUACUUCCACAUCAGCCCUAAGAAAGCACCUGAAAAGUCAUGUUGAAAACAAAACUUACUUGUGUUCUCCCAAGGAAAAGAGUAACAAGGACCAGAAAGAACGUAUAGUUGUAAAAACUCAUGUCUGCUCAUACUGUGGAAAAGGUUUUGCUCAGUUGGCAUACCUGAAAACACACGAGAGAACCCAUACUGGAGAGCAGCCAUAUCAAUGCAACUCAUGUGGGAAAAGUUUUAACCAAUCUCAUUGUCUGAAGACGCAUAGACUGAAUCAUUGCUCAGGGAAAUUGCAGUUAGAAAACAAAAUGUAAAUUGUAGUGUAGUCAGUACAUAGUGUGUAGCUUAUGUUAUGAAAUACAUAUAGUUUUUAUUUUUGAUGUACUAGUUAAAAUGCCAUAGUCAGUAUUAAGAAUGUGCAUUGGCCAUUAUUACUAGAUUAUCCUUUCUGAAGUAAGUGAAAUACCAUUUUUUUAUUAAUAAUUUUCCAAUUUUGAUUGCAUUGCGGAAACCUUAAAUUAGUAUUUUAAUUAGUAAAAUUUGAAGUCACUUUGACUUUACCAACAAGCCACACAGCUUGAGAUAUCAUUUAUGUCCCUACAUCCUUGCUGGGUUGUUUUCAACCUAUGGUUGGGUUGAAAAGGGAUUAACCCAACCAUUGCAUAGUUGACGUAAAAUCCAUUAACUGGAUUUUUGCAUUCUACCCACAAAUCCAGCUAUUGGAUUUUACAUUUACUAUGCAAUGGUUGGGUUUAUCCCUAUUUGACCAAACAUCAUUCGGGCUGGGUAAGAGUUACAAGGUGUAUCUUCUAGAAAAUGCUUUGAAACUUCUGAAAUUAUAUUGAAAUGUAUAUCAUUUGGAAAUCAAAUCACUUUUAUUGUCACAUCACCACGUGGGGUGAGUGAAGGUCUUGGGCGCAUGCAUGUAUAAUGCAAUUGGACAGACUGUAUGACUAUAUAAAUUUGUGAAGAUAAUACAUAGAGAUAUUACAUGUUCUAUAAUGGAAGGGCUUACUAACGUUACCAAACAUUCCUCAUUACAACCAAUUGUAUUGCCAAUAGAUCAUUCUGUGUCAACUCAAUCAUAGGUCUUCAGCUAAAUAAUUGCAAAUUUUUCCAGGUGAAAGAAAUAUUUAAAUGAUGAAGAAAGACUGCAUAAUUGAAUAAUCCACUGCAAUCCAGCUAUCUAAAUUUUUCCGGGCAUGUUUGCAAUGUACAUUGUACAGCCAUAGCCACAUUUGUAGCACACAUUUAUUUCUAAUAACAGCAGGUUAGUGUUGCGAGAAAGGAGCUUUAGUGCUCCCUUUUUUUGCUUGAACAUCGACAUUUUAGAAAUGAAUGUUUUAAUAUUUAGAUUUGCAGACAUUAUUAUCCAAAUAAAGACAACAAAGCCACAAUUUAGCAGAAAAGUCCAUGUAAAUGUAUAUAUCAAAACAAUGUUCUGUAAAAUGUGUACUGCUGAAGCAACAUGAUGAAACAAAUUUCGCCCUUUGGUUGAAGGAUAAACAAUACACAUAUCAAUACUGUCUUACUGGAUACUAGAUACUGUGUUCAAGCAACAGUGACAUUAUACUUUAUCACAGCUAUGACAACAAUAAAUGGGAUGUAUAUUGUUCACUUUGUAGAAUAAAUCCUAAUUCUUUAAACCAG